AUGACCCAAGACCCAAUUCCCAUCGACCUCUUUCGCGGCUGGCCCAAUCCUACGCUGCUGCCAGUCGAUUCGCUCGCACAAAGCGCCGCCACCGUCCUGUCCACGCCCGCCCUCUACCAGCCCGGCCUGCAGUAUGGGCCCGACGAAGGCUAUGCGCCGCUGCGCCAGCACGUCGCGACAUGGCUGAGCUCAUUCUAUCCCCCAACAGCAGCCAAACGAACCGGCCCCAUCUCGUCCGCCCGCCUUUGCAUCACGGGCGGCGCGAGCCAGAACCUCGCUUGCGUCUUGCAGGUCUACACGGAUGCCGCCUACACACGGAAUAUCUGGCUGGUCGCGCCGACUUACUACCUUGCUUGUCGCAUCUUUGACGAUGCCGGAUUCAUGAAUCGCCUCCGGGGCGUGCCCGAGGAUGCAGAAGGUAUUGAUCUGGAGUUCUUGGAGCAGAGAUUGCACGAGGCUGAACAGGAUGUUAGAAUUACCAAGCCGCUGCAUACCUUACCACGACCAUGGAGCAAAAUCUACAAACACGUCAUCUAUCUCACGCCGACCUUUGCGAACCCGUCGACCAAAGUGGUCUCUCUCCGCCGUCGCGAAGAGCUAGUCCGACUCGCCCGACGUUUCGAUGCGCUCAUCAUCGCCGACGAUGUCUACGACUUUCUACAGUGGCCUUCAGAUCCCAGUGUGCCCGAGCAGGAGUAUGAUAGCGAAACCGCCUUGCUGCCGAGGAUAGUCGAUAUUGACGGGUAUCUCGACGGUGGCCCUAUAGACGAGUGGGGGAACGCGAUGAGCAACGGCAGCUUUAGCAAGUUGAUUGGGCCUGGCAUGCGCGUGGGCUGGGUGGAGGGGACGGAGAAGUUUUCGUACGGGAUAUCGCAGACGGGAUCAACGCGGUCGGGCGGCGCCCCUUCGCAACUAGCAUCUACAUUCGUGGAUCAAAUUCUACACUCGGGAUCACUACAACGACAUAUCAAAUCAGAAUUGAUCCCCUCGUAUCGCGCCCGCUAUAAUCGGAUGAUGGGCGCGAUAAACGAACACUUACUACCAUUAGGAUUUAAAGUGCCUGCAAACACCCAACCGACAGCCGGCGGAUUCUUCGUCUGGCUUGACCUACCCGAGUCAUUGACGGGGGAUCUUCUAGCGGAGCGAGCGCUGGCAGAGGGAAACCUCCGGAUUGGCAGUGGCUCGCUGUUUCAAAUCGAGGGUGAUGGCACGGAGUACCGCCGGACAUUUGGUCGAAGUAUUCGACUGUGUUUUGCGUGGGAGCGUGUUGAAGUUCUCGACGAGGGCGUGCGACGUUUGGCGGAUAUAUACCUAAGUAAAUUCUUCAACCUCAAGACUACAACGUUGUGA